UGUCGCGCCGCCGUCCUCAGCCAUGUCUGCGUAAUUCGACCGCACGUCGUCUUCCUUAUCUGCCCGUCGUCGCCCUUCACAGUGACUGGCGCUCCGCCCUCUAAGCAUGGUCAACACAGCCGUCCGCAUCACCUCCACUGGUGCUCUCCUCUUCGAACCAGAGAUUGUCGAACGCAUAUCCCGCUCAUAGCCUCGUGCACGCCUUCCCUGUCCUACAGUACCGCCCCGUCUACAUCCCCCUCCCCACAUACGUCCCCAGUCACCAUGCCGUCAGACUCGACAAACCUCUUCUCCCUCGCGCGCACCAAGCUGCACCUGUCCCUCGGGGGCAGGACGGACGCAAGCUUGCACCGCUGGGUCCUUCUCAAAAACUCCAUUGUGCACUCUACCCCCCAGUUGUCAACGGCGCCGGACGCCGCGGCCUCCGACGCGGCUGCGGACGCGAGGAAUGCCACAGACGCUGACGAUGCGGCGGACGAGGAAGUAGACUCGUUCAUGUUCCCCGACGCCGGCAAGUUGGUCGACGACCGUGCCGCUGCUGAGGGCAGCGGAAGCGAAGAACAAUGGCUAGACUCCCUCUUGGAGACCCUCUCCCACGACGAGGACGACGACUUCGCGAUGGACGCGGACGUCCACUCGAUGCUCGUGGAGGACGACGACGACGACUCGCUGCUGAGCCCGUCCACCUCGCCCAUGUCCUCUUCCGACGACCUGACUCGACCGCCGGUAUAUUAUCCACCACCUAUCGCUGUACCAUACCCUGUACCAUACCCCCCUUAUCAGCCUCCGCCUGCGCACGAGGACGCCUUGCCUUCGCCAUUCGACAUUCAUCGUACCGUCUCGUCUCAGUACCACGACCCCUUGCCGUAUCACGACGCUGAGGACGACGACGAGGACCUUUCCGUGCCAGACGCUAUAGAAGACACAUCGGACGACGAGAGCGAUUCGCCGCUCACCCCGUCCAUCGGUCACUCGCGCUCGCUGCCUCCCCUUGGCCCCGCGGCGGUGCCGCUACCGGGUGAGGGCAGUCGCCUGCGCGAACAUGUGCACAUCCUUGUCGAUACGGACGACUCUUACUUCUACCCCUUUGCUGUCGACCCUCUUCCCUUCCCCGACGACCAGCUCCAAAAUCCGUAUAAUACAUACCAAGAGUGCUAGUUCAUCUUCUGGUCUCCCCUCACCUCCAUCUUCUGGUCGUCGUUCCCAUCCCCUCAUCAUGCAUGUUCUCCAUCUCUCCUCUCUGUUCUCUCUGGAUCGACCUGUACCAUAUAUUCGUAGCGUUCGCCUAGUAGCCCUAGUACCGCUUAGUGCUCAUCUCCCUGUCCCUGUCUCAUUCCAUCCCCCUCACCCUCUUGUUACAUGCUCGGUCGGCCUCGUUUACUUAUCUUGCGAUUUAUUGGUGGUCUUUUAUUAUGUUUGAGUCCCUC